GAGCCUUUUGUUUUGUUAUCAGCUAUCAGCAAGCUGUGAAAAAGUGAUCAAAAUUCUUUUAUCCAUCUCCAUCAGUUAAUUUUGUUAUCUUGCGUCUCAUCGAAGACCAUUGUAGAAAUUUAAUAGAGUGAACAUGAUUAAAAACCUUGGUAACCUACGUUUCCAAAAUUGUGAGGAUUUUAAGUUUUAAGUCACUUACAUGGAAUGCCCGUUACAUAAUUUUUACUUAGUUCCUUUGCCGGUUUAUCGAACAGUUGUAGCGAUGGAUUUGUCCAAGGCUCCUCCUAUUUGCCAGAAAAGAACACUUGCGUUUGUCAACCAUUUCAUCAUUACAACAGUAUCAUUUUUGAACAAGUUAUUGAUCUCAUGUGAGAGUAAACUGCAGAAAUUGGACGAGCGGAUGCAGAAACUGGAGGCCUCGUUAUGUAUCCUCGAAGCAAAGUUAAGCUCAAUACCAGGUCUUGAAGUGGAAGCAAGUACUGUAACAGCAACUCAGACAGAAAAACCAGCACCAAAGGAAGAGCCUGAAAUCGAAGAGACUCCAGUAUUGAGUAUUGAGAUCGAAACUCCAGCUGACUCAAAGGGAGAGGGGACGCCAAAUGUUCCGUCAGAUGUUCCUGAAGAUGUUGCCCCAAAAGAGGAGAAUCCAUUACUUGCCAAGUAUAAAAAAAUGGUUUAUUUUGGUGUCCCUGUGCCAGCGGUCAAGCUAAAAAUGCAGCAAGAAGGGGUAGAUCCUGCUCUGUUAGAUAAAUAAUUCAACUCUGUAAAGGACAGAGAGGUCUUGAGUUUUGAAGACUGCUGUUAUGUUUAUAUUUUCAGUCAGGCUGUGAUAUUUUUUUAGUAUUUCUAUCAGAAGUUAAAUUUAUUCUCUUUUCUGCUGGAUUUUUCAACCAGCUCCUACUUUAACAAGGAUAAUGUGUGAUUAGAGAGGCAAUAGUUAUGUUAAGAGAAUACAUAACAGCCUUAAAUUGUUGCCCUAAAAAUUAGACUUGAAUUUUUUUGUAAGACUAAAGUAAAUUUUUGAAUAAUAAAACUGUACCUUCAUUUCGAA